CUGGCUGUGAGCGGCUGGGGCCAGACGGGACCGAGGCAAGAAAGAGGGCACCAUGGCCGCCCUCCUGCUGCUGCCCCUGCUGCUGCUGCUCCCGCUGCUGCUGCUCAGGCUGCCCCUCUGGCCGCAGCUGCGCUGGCUCGCCGCGGACUUGGCCUUCGCCGUGCGCGCACUACGCUGCAAACAGGCCCUUCGGGCGCGCGCCCUGGCCGCGGCCGCCGCCGACCCGGAAGGUCCCGAGGGGGGCUGCAGCCUGGCCUGGCGCCUCGCGCAGUUGGCGCAGCAGCGGCCGGCGCACACCUUCCUCGUCCACGGCGCGCGGCGCUUCAGCUACGCGGAGGCGGAGCGCCAGAGCAACCGGGCGGCGCGCGCCUUCCUGCGCGCGCGGGGCUGGGACGCGGGGCCCCGCGGCGUCGAGGCGAGCGGCGAGGAGGGCGAGCGGGCGGCGCGCCGCGAUGGGCGCCCGGCGGCCGGAGGCGGCGAGGCGCGGGCCGAGCGGGAAGGACAUGGUGCGGCCGGAGCUGGAGAAGCCGCGGCCCCUCUGGCACCGGGGGCCACCGUGGCACUGCUCCUCCCCGCCAGCCCCGAGUUCCUGUGGCUCUGGUUCGGGCUGGCCAAGGCCGGGCUGCGCACGGCCUUCGUGCCCACCGCCCUGCGCCGGGGGCCCCUGCUGCACUGCCUCCGCAGCUGCGGCGCGCGCGCGCUCGUGCUCGCGCCAGAGUUUCUGGAGUCUCUGGAGCCUGACCUGCCGGCUCUGAGAGCCAUGGGGCUUCACCUGUGGGCUGCAGGCCCUGGAACCCAUCCUGCUGGAAUCGGCGAUUUGCUGGCGGAAGCUUUGGCGGAAGAGGAUGGGCCCGUACCAGGGUACCUGUCCGCCCCGCAGAGCAUGACGGACACGUGUCUGUACAUCUUCACUUCUGGCACCACAGGCCUCCCCAAGGCUGCGAGGAUCAGUCACCUAAAGAUCCUGCAGUGCCAAGCAUUCUACCAGCUGUGUGGUGCCCACCAAGAGGAUGUCAUCUACCUGGCCCUUCCUCUCUACCACAUGUCUGGCUCCCUGUUGGGCAUUGUGGGCUGCCUGGGUAUUGGGGCCACAGUGGUGCUGAAGUCCAAGUUCUCAGCUGGUCAGUUCUGGGAGGACUGCCAGCAGCACGAGGUGACGGUGUUCCAGUACAUCGGGGAGCUAUGCCGAUACCUCGUCAACCAGCCUCCGAACAAGGCAGAACGGGCACAUAAGGUCCGCCUGGCCGUGGGCAGUGGGCUGCGCCCCGACACCUGGGAGCGGUUCGUGCAGCGCUUUGGGCCGCUGCAGGUGCUGGAGACGUAUGGGCUGACGGAGGGCAACGUGGCCACUUUCAACUACACAGGACAGCGGGGUGCCGUGGGCCGGGCUUCCUGGCUUUACAAGCAUGUCUUCCCCUUCUCUUUGAUUCGCUAUGAUGUCACCACAGGGGAGCCGAUUCGGGACACCCAGGGGCACUGUGUGGCCGCGCCUGCAGGUGAGCCCGGGUUGAUGGUGGCCCCAGUGAGCCCGCAGUCCCCGUUCCUGGGCUACGCGGGGGGCGCAGAGCUGGCCCGCGGGAAGCUGCUGAAGGACGUGUUCCGGCCCGGGGACCUGUUCUUCAACACGGGGGACCUGCUGGUCUGCGACACCCACGGCUUCCUUCGCUUCCAUGACCGGACCGGAGACACCUUCAGGUGGAAGGGGGAGAACGUGGCCACCACGGAGGUGGCGGAGGUCUUGGAGGCCCUGGAUUUCCUCCAGGAGGUGAACGUCUACGGAGUCGCUGUGCCAGGGCAUGAAGGUCGGGCUGGAAUGGCAGCCCUGGUUCUGCGGCCCCCCCACUCCCUGGACCUCGUGCAGCUCUUCGCCCACGUCUGUGAGAACUUGCCGCCUUAUGCCCGGCCUCGAUUCCUGAGGCUCCAGGAGUCUCUGGCCACCACAGAGACUUUCAAGCAGCAGAAGGUUCGGAUGGCAAAGGAGGGCUUUGACCCAGGCGCACUGUCGGACCCGCUCUACGUUCUGGACCAGGCGGGCGCUGCCUACCUGCCCCUCACCCCUGCCCGAUACGGCGCCCUCCUGGCCGGGGACCUGCGCAUCUGAGAGUCUUCCGCAGCCAAGGCAUUAGUGGGAGGGACUCCGUGGGGUGGGGUUAUUUACAGGGGUACAGCAGAAGUCGGGGUCUUUUCUAUACCAGAUUGUAAUCAUUAUUUUGUAAAUAAAUGGGUCCAGAGCUGGUGUGGCUCUGUCUUCUGACCUGCAGUGCUGGUCUUCCCUGUCUGUGGAACUGCUUUGCCUGCUGACAUUUUUUCCUGGCAUAGAGCUGCUGGCACUCACUCCUGCCUGACCCAGUGGGUCUCUGCUGUCUGGGUCUCAGUGUCUUUCCACUCAGGUGACCCAGAGGGUCCUUGAAGCGACCCUGGUGACUGGCGGGUACCUGUGCGUCCACCCCUGUCUCACCCCCGAGGGCUUGGCCCCCACCUCUCUGUCUGGGUAGCCGAGGCACAGGACGCGGCCCCAUGGCCAGCCAAGCGUCUCCACAGACUCAGGUGUGGAUAGCGUCUCAGCCAGGCAAUAAGCAAGGUUUGAUUUUGGGGAAAAGGGUGCUCUCAACUUCCCUCUUCCCUCGUAGUUUUCUCUGUGAGCCAGUCAGUGAGGGAAGGGCAGGGCCUCUCAGCCCCCCUAACUCAGAUCACCCAGAUCUUAUAGCUUCCCAAAAGUACAACCCAGGUCAGGGCCUCUCAGGUUCUGGGAGAGUUUCAUAGAAGCCUCUCAGAGUGUAUGUGUUUCAUGGUGGCAGGAGGGAGGGGAACCGAAGGGAAAAAGGCCCCCUCUUAGCCCUGGAUCAGGCCUCAAAAAACAUCAUCUCGGGCCUCCGUGGUAGCACAUGGGGUUAAGUUUCAACACUAUGAAGCUAUUGGCGGCCUCUGCAGCAUGAGUUUGAUCCCCGGCCAGGGAGCUACCCACAUGGCACAGCAGACCUCUCCUGUCUCGCCCGCUGCUCCCCUCAGCAGUGUAUUUCAGUGGAUCCACCUGUUCUGUUCUCCACUGUCUGUCUCUAGUGAAUCCUCUCACCCUCCCACACCUCUGGCCUGUACCCCAGUUCUUCUAUGCAUAAAUAAAUGAAUCUUUAAAAAAGAAAUAAAAGUGUAUCAUCUAAAAGCUUGAAAUGAUGAGACUGCUUCUCCCAGAACGAGGCCUCUCUUGUUUUAAGCUGUAGGUCCAAACAUUUUCUACUUUGCCAAGGAUUUUCCCCCCAUCUUCCAAGGCCU